ACCCACUGCACAUUCCAGUUUAGGGUGUUCCUGAAAGGAGGUCGAGUACAAGGCUUGGUGGUUAGGCUGGCCUGUGCUUUGGGACCCACUGGUGCCUUGGACUGGGGUCUCGUGUGACAGAUCAGUGUGAAGGAGUGGGGUGAGGGGGAGUGCAGGGUAGGGCAGACAGUAGGGCUACUGCCUCACAGCUCCAGAGACCCAGGUUCCCUCCUGAGCUCUGUUGCUCUCUGUGUGGAGUUUGCACAUUCUCAUCUUCAUCUUCUGGGUUCCCCGGCUGCUCGGGUUUCCUCCCACAUCCCAAAGACAUGCAGGGAUGAGGUCCCAGAGGACUGGCAAGUGGCUAAUGUUGUUCCUCUAUUUAAGAAAGGAACAAGGGAAAAUCCGGGCAACUAUAGACCGGUACCGGGAUGAUGGUGGUCUUCUUAAAGCAGGUGGGAACCCCAGAUUGAAGCAGGGAGAGGUUAAAUAUGUCUGCAAAUACCCCCACCAGCUGAUCAGCACAAGAUCUGAGCAUACGGCCAGGGACACCAUCGGGGCCAGAUGCUUUCCUCGGGUUCACUCUCCAGAAGACUGAUCUUAUGGACUUCAUAUGUUGUGGAUCUUCACUCGGAGUGGGGAGUGAGACAAUAGCCAUGAAGAAAAACGUUGGAGCGAUGACCAAACCAGGAGUCCAGGGAAAGCAGACAGUUCCCUCAGGAUCGGAGCCUUCCCAAGCUGGGCCCUCGCUCCGCAGACACGCUCAGUACAAUGAGGUGAAGAGUCGAAGUGUUGCUGAGGUCACCCCGAGGAGCACAGCACGGCCAAAGAGCCUAGGAACUGUGGGAUCCACUGGCACCAAGGCCAGGAGCCCAGGGACACCCUCCUCAGGCCGAGCGACCGCUCCGAUCCGGGGGGAGGUGCCGAAGGAGCCAGUUUGCCAGGGUCAGGCUCGUCGCAUGGGACUGCACCCCAGGGGUCAGGGAUUGCUGGGGCCCAGGAGGCAGAGACCACAGGAGGUGCCCGGCUCCAGGGUGAAGGGCAGCCCAGUGCUGGUCCCUCCAGGGAAGGGGGAUGUGGGACCCCAUGGGGUGUCCAGCUCCUCUCACAGGCGCCGCCUCUCCCCACGCCCUGCCACCUCCGGGACCCCGACCUCCGGGACCCCGACCUCCAGGACCCUGACCUCCGGCCCCCCAACCUCCAGGAUCCCAAUCUCUGGCCCCCUGACCUCUGGCUCCCCGACCUCCAGCAUCCAAACCUCCAGCACCCUGACCUCCAGCCUCCCGACCUCUGAACCCCCGACCUCCAACUCCUGUCCUGCCAAAGAUUUUCCCUCUGACCCCCUGACCCCCAGUCCCCUGACCUCCAACUCCUGCCCCCCCAAAGAUCUGCGCCCAGAGUUCCCAACCUCUGACCCUAUGCGCUCCAACCCCUCAGCCUCCAACUCCAGCCCUGCCAAAGAUCUGCCCUCUUACCUUCCGACAUCUGACUCCUAUUCCUCCAACACCAUGUCCUUGAAACUCUUGCCCUCCAACCCCCUGACCUCCGGCUACUCCCCCUCAUGCCCCACCAGUGCUGAUGACCCCCCCGUGGGGUCAGUGCCUAUGUGUGGGGAGGUGAACCACUCCCCCAAGGGUCACGAGGGUAACAGGGGCGUCUGGGCCACUGGGUUUCAGGGGCCGGGACAGAGCAGGGGAACAGGGUGGGACGGUUCCCACCAGCAGCAGCCCACUGCCUGGCAGGGGUGGUCCGGGGAUCUCAGGGUCCAGGGGGGUGCAGAGCCGGGAGUCGGGGACCUGGCAGGAAGUCUCGGGGGCGAGGGUGGUGCUCAGCAGGCAGGGGAACGCAGCCCAGCGCAGGCAGGGGAACGCAGCCCAGCACAGGCAGGGGAACGCGGCCCAGUGCAGACAGGGGAAUGCAGUAUGGCGCAGGCAGGGGAACACGGUACAGAGCAGAGAGGGAAAUGCAGCCCAGCGCGGGCAGGGGAACACAGUACAGAGCAGGCAGGGGAACACAGUACAGAGCAGGCAGGGGAACGCAGCCCAGCACAGGCAGGGGAACACGGCUCAGUGCAGACAGGGGAAUGCAGUAUGGCGCAGGCAGGGGAACACGGUACAGAGCAGAGAGGGAAAUGCAGCCCAGCGCGGGCAGGGGAACGCAGCCCAGCGCGGGCAGGGGAACGCAGCCCAGCGCGGGCAGGGGAACGCAGCCCAGUGCAGGCAGGGGAACGCAGCCCAGUGCAGGCAAGGGAACGCAGCCCAGUGCAGGCAGGGGAACGCAGUACAACACAGGCAGGGGAGCACGGCCCAGCGCAGACAGAGGAGUGGUUGAGUGUCCAGGUGACAGGCGAUGAGCUCGGGGGUGAGGGAGCCCGGCUGAGCCGUGGGUGCUCGGUGCAGGGAGUGUGUGACGGGCCAUCAUCUCUCGACCACGGAGACACGGAGACCACGGCACUGAGGACAGCGUCUCCAGAAACCUGCUCUAAGUCUCCGGGGCACAGCUGCUCAAAGGUGGAUUGCGGAGAACAAGGUGGGACCGGAGAGCAGGACUGCGAGGUCAAGGACCUGCAGGAGACCAUCUUUGAGCUGCGGGACCAAGUGGAGCAACAUCAGGCUGUGCAGCUGCACAACAACAGCACGAUCCGUGCGCUGGAGUGUAAAGUGAAGUCUUUGGAAAGGCAGAACCUGGAACUGGAGAAACAGCUCGAGAUAUUCAACAAGAAGAUGAAGGAGGAAGCGGAGGAAUGGCGAUACUUCCAGGCAGACCUGCAGACUGCAGUGGUGGUGGCAAACGACAUCAAGUGUGAAGCCCAGCAGGAGAUGCGUGAGCUGAGGAGGGAGCUGCAGGAGGAGAGGAGGAGAACUCAGCAGCUGCAGGAGGAGUUGGAAGCCAUGCAGGCUCUCAGGUCUGAGCCUUCCCUGCAGUGAGGCUGGUGGUGGGGACCGAGCAGCAGCUGUGGACCAGGGCACCCACACUGUGGACGGACUUUCAUGAGGAGUUCUGGACUACUGGAGCCAAAAUCCCACACUGUGGUGCAAAGUCCAGGAGAUCUUCCCCAAGCACACUGGA